AUGACGUCACUCGCAGCACCACUCGUGCUUGUGGCUGGAGCCGCUUUUGCCAUGUCCGUGCCAGUUAUUGCACUCAAAGAACUCCUUGUAAAGAGAUCCGAGAAGAACUUCAGGAAGCACCUCGGUAGACGUCACAUCUGUCGAGUGAAUUUCGGUGAGUUGGAUACUCCCACGAAGGAAAUCGAAGCGAAGAAGAAUGCUGCAGCCAAUGCGGCUCCUGGUGGUGGAGCCAAACAUCAACAGACAUCGCCACUACCAACAUACGAUGAACUGUUCCGCCCACCACCGCCAUAUCGCACAAAAUGA